AUGACGGAAGAAACUCAAUCAUUUAUAAUGAAUUGUGGAGCAUUUAUUGAUGUUAUUCCAUUUAUAUUAAAUAAUUUAGAUCUAAAAAGUAUAGUACAAUUAUCACAAACAUGUCAUUUUUGGAGACAAAUUAUUUACAAGAAUAUUAGAUUAUGGCCAAAAUGUCUUAAAUUACCUUAUAUAGGUUCUAUGGGUAGGGAAUAUUCUAGACGUCAUGAUCUUCAAUCUAUAAUAAAUGCAAAACUAUGGUCAAUGAUUUUACCACCAGAAGAUCCAAAAGCAUUAGAAAAUCUUUUAAGUAAAAUGGCAUUAUCACAAGAAAGUAUCGAACGAUUUCGAUUAGUAGAAAAAGUUGAUUUUAAAAAUUAUAUUCAUACAGAUGAAUCAUUACGUUUAACUGCUUUAUUAUUUCCUUCAAUUAAAGAAAUAUCUUUUGAAGGAAAUCUUUUAACAAUAAAUGGUAUUGAAUAUAUUGCCAAAUCAUGUUUAAAUUUAAAAUAUAUCGAAUUUUAUCAAUGUAAAAAUUUAAAUAUAAAUGAUUGUUUACAAUUAUUUAAUAGAAAAGAACAUGAAAUGAAUUUAGAAAGAAUAUUUCUUUAUAAUAAUCAUCAAUUUAAUGAAAAAACAAUUGAAGAUUAUUUACCAUUUAUGGCAUUAUGUCAAAGAUGUAAAUUAUUUUUUAAUAAAUUUAAAAAUGAUAAAGAUAUGUUAUGUUUAUAUCAUCCAGGGACAUAUAGUGGUUAUGGUCAUAGUUGUUCAUCAUAUAGUUGUUGUGGAAGUAAUACACCACGUUAUCCAUCAACAUUAGGAUGUCAAUAUACUUAUCAUUCAACAGAGACAGAAUCAUUACCAUUUAAUUCAUAUAGAACUCAUCAGUUACAUGAAGGACAUCCAGAAUAUAUGUUUCAACCAUAUAAUUAUAAUAUGUUUUCAUUAGAUUUUACAGAACGUCGUCAAUUAGAUUUUUGCUAUAAAAAAUGGGAUGAAAAAAAUGAAUUACUUCAUACAAAUUGA